AUGUCUCACAAUGCGAGCUAUGAAGAUCUACAACAUGAAUUCCAUCAUAGUGGAGAAACAAUUCACCUGCAUACUAAGGCGAUUUUCAAUGUAAUCCCAUCUCUGACCUAUAGAUUUGUCAAGCAAACUACUGGAGUUGAAACUCACUGGAAGAUUAGCACAGAUCCACGGUUCUUUCCUAACUUUGAAAAUUGUUUGGGGGCUAUUGAUGGAACACAUGUUCCUAUCACCAUUUCUCAAGACCGGCAGGCCCCAUAUAGGAAUAGAAAAGGGUACCUUAAGUCAAAAUGUGAUGUUGAGAGAGCAAUUGGUGUUCUUAAGAAACGCUUCCCUAUCUUAAAAGUUGGAACACAUCAUCCUAUUGAAAACCAAGUGAAGAUACCAGCUGCAGCAGUGGUGUUCCAUAAUCUUAUACGGAUGCUUAAUGGGGAUGAGGGUUGGUUGGAUCACCAAGGAAGCAACAUAUCUCCAGAACAUUUUAUUGAUGUCCCUGAAGGUGGCAACCAAUACAGUAAUGAUGUGAUGUCCCUUAGCAGUCAAAUUUUUAUAUUAUCCUUAAGUUUGAUACCAGAUUUUUAUAUUUGCAGCAACAAUGUUUCGAAGAGGGUCCCCAAGGUUCAAUUUGAUCCAAGCUGCAGCUGUCCAAAGAAAGCCAUCUCCAAAGAUUUCAAGAGUUCAAAAGAAAAAGGCAUCGCCAAAAGAAUCUUCAAAUUGUUCCAUGAGAAGUUCCCCCAUGUCAAAUUUACAAGGGUUCAAAUUCAAGACAAAGAGAAAGAGCUUAAGAGGGAAUAUAGGGUUCUAAAAGAAGCAAGAAAACAAAGUGGACAAACUGCCAAGGGAACCCUGAACUUCACCUCCAUUGCUCCUUCCCAAGUUCUUGUCACACAGCCUUCCCAAGUUCCUAUCACUCAGCCUUCUCAAGUUCCUGUCACUCAGCCUUCUCAAGCUAUUGUCACGCAACAUUAUAUAGGAGAAGAAGAUGAGAAUUUCCCUCUUGACUCUUCUGUACACAAUGUUGAAACUGAUGAUGAUGACUUGAGGAUAUUGGAACAACCAGUUGCAAGUGGUGCCGCUACAAGGUCAAGAAUGGGAAAAAGAGUUGCAAGUACAAGAAACAAGGAUACCACUACAAGUGACAAAAUAGAAAAGGCAGCACAAAGACGUCGACAAGAUGGGAAGGUAAUUGAGAUGAUGGGAAGGUUUAUAGAAAUGAAAGAGAAGCAAGCCGAGGCUGAAUCUAUGCAGCAGGAAAGGGCAAGAAGUAAUCAGCAUGAGGAUGAGUUUCAUAUCCCGGUGUGCAUUGCUGUUGUGGACAAGAUGGAAGAUCUGUCAGAUGAUGAGAAGGUUGUGGCUUAUGAUGUCUUCAAAGAUCCACAAAACAGGGCCAUUUUCAUGACCGCGAAAGACUCUACACGACUCAAGUGGUUAAGGAAGAAGAUUAAUUAG